GAAGCCGAGCCGAGCCGAACCAAAAGCAACACCACGACCAGAAUCUACGCCAAAACUGAGAGACGAUCGAACUGCAGACGUUCUCGCUGGAGACUGAGAGGAAGGGGCGACAAGUAGCUGUCGUUCUUCGUCAUUCAUAAUCCCCCUGGUAGCUGCUAUCGGCUAGUUAGCCUGCUACUUGCUAACGUUUGAGGACUCGUCCAGAACAAAAAGAAAAUGAGUGGAGUGAGCAGCAUUGAGGCCGUUAAGAAGAAGAUCAAAGUUCUUCAAGCACAAGCGGAAGAAGCUGAAGAACGAGCAGAGGUGCUGCAAAGACAACUGGAAGAGGAGAAGAGGGCUCGCGAUGAGGCAGAGGCGGAAGUGGCAUCGCUCACUCGCCGUCUUCAAAUGACAGAGGACAACCUGGACCAGACACACGAACAGCUCACUUCCGCCAUUGGAAAGCUGGACAAGUUGGAGAAGGUGGCUGAUGAGAGUGAGAGAGGGAUUCGUGUGAUUGAGACACGAGCCAUGAAGGAUGAGGAAAAGAUGGAACUUCUGACCGUUGAACUGAAGCAAGCUCAAAUCAUCGCCGAGGAGGCUGACCGCAAAUAUGAGGAAGUGGCCCGCAAACUGGUGAUGGGGGAGCAGGAAUUGGAACGUGCCGAAGCCCGAGCUGAGCUCGCUGAGAGCAAAAGUCGUACGUUGGAGGAGGAGCUGAAGAGUCUGUCGGCCAGUUCCAAGAGUUUUGAGUGUCAGGCUGAGAAGUUCUCCGUGCAGGAGGAGCGCUCCGAGCUGGAGAUCAGCAGCCUCAGGAGUAAACUGAUGGAGGCGGAAAAUAGAGCGGAUUCUGCCGAGCGCACAGUGGCCAAGCUGGAGAGAACCGUGGACGAGAUGGAAGAAUCGCUGGCGGCAGCCAAGUCGGCCAACCAGGAACUCCAUGCCACGCUCAACCAGACCAUGGAGGAGCUCAAUGCCUGCUGAACAUUCCUCAUCCUUUCACCUUCAUUAGUGGGAUCAAUAAUCAAUGUGCGCUUGAUUUAUUAUUUUUUUUUGCUCACUUUGUGGGCAUGUAUGUGCUUGGAAGGGAACAGCCAAUCAGAUUUUUCUGCCAAACCUAUGGGGCCAAUUUGAUGUCAGACACACCUCCGUGUUCUGCGGCAGCCAUCACUCAUUUUCAACCGUGAUGAUGCUGCGUGCCAUCACUAUGGCAUAAAUUCAAGGGGCCAAUCGGAGUACAGAGAUGUGCCUACCUGAUCAAUUAAGUGUCACGUGGUCUUACGCUGUGAUGAUGUCAUCAUGACAGCUUUUUUUCUAAAAUAAAAGCACCAAGUU